CGUAAUGGAUGUGCGGUCUUGGUUGUCAUUCAACAGGAACGAGAAAGAAUUUCUCAAGUUUGUGUAAAAUAAAAAAAGAAUGAUUUAAUAAAUAGAGAUAUGUCAGCGACAUCCAGCCCACGUGCAGCCCCCAGCACAGCAGUCAGGAAGUCAAGAGUCCUGCCCCCUAUUAUCUCCUCUUCUGACAGAGACUUCCUGGAUGCUGUGUAUGCCUACAUUGAGUCUGAGAAGGAGAAGUUAGGAUGUCCCAAGGAGGGGCCGGACGAGCAGCGCUACAUCAUUUACAGCUCUGCGUUUGAAAAGGUCAUAGACCACGCCACCAGUUACAAAGCCAUUCUCAGCACCAUCAAGAAGGAGUACGAUGGCUGCAUUAGUGCUAUCAAGAGGAGCCACAGAGAUGCCAGGCUGCUGCACAGGAAGCUCAAGGUCACGGCUGCCGAGCCCACGACACUCAUGUACUGUCAGAGAAGAGCUGUUCAGCUUCGGGAGAGGAUUGAAAUCAUUCAAAGAGACACAGCUGAACUGCAGGCUCAGCUCGAGAAGCUCCGGCAGGCCGGGAGAGAGACCAGCCCCUCGCUGAAAGAGGAAGCCUCUGUGAGCGCCGAGGUCAAGCCUGUUGGGCGAAUACCUGGGCUGUCGCUUGAGGAGUCCAUGCGCCCGGACGCCCUGACGAAGCACCUGGAGUACCUGCAGAGGAAGCGCACAGAGCUGCAGCAGAAGAAGAGGACUCAGUGCGUCCCGGCGCAGGUGAAGGCCGACCUGGACCUCAAGAUGAUGAGCACCCUCAAGCAGAGGGAUGAGCUGGCGGCCGAGAACGACAGGCUGAAGCUCAGGUACAAGCAAAUGAAGCUGCUGGCAGAGGCAGUGAGCUGCUGGGGAAAAUCUGACGGAAGAAUGCCGCUGCUGGACUUCAUGUCCCCAGUCCUGCAUCAGGCCUCCGAGCUGCACGCCUGUGAUUCUGACUACCAGAACAUCGGCACAGCUGGAUUUGAGGAGGACGACCCCAGCAAGGUCAAAACAUCUGAACUCUUAGUAGACUACAUUGAAAGGUUCAUAGAGCUCUUCGAGGCGGGUAAAUACGAAGCAGCUGCUUUUCAUGCAGCUAAGUCCCCUUAUGGAGUGCUGAGGAACAUGGAGACCAUGGAGAAGUUUAAAGCGGUCAGCGUGUACCAGGGAGAGCUCCCCCCUCUCCUGCUGUUCUUCCAAGCGCUGACGAUCUCCGCCGGCGCCGCCAGGAAGCCCCCCGAGGCGGCCAUGUCCCUGGAGGCGGUGAAGGUCGCCCUGCAGCACGGCCGCGUGGAGCUGGUGACGCACUGGAUCACCCAGCGCCGGCUGACGUCUUGCGAGGAGAUGGGAGAUGUCAUCCGCGAAUAUGGGGAGAGGAAGCCCCAGAUGUCUGACAAGUGCCUGGCACUGGCCCAGGUGGUGUACCACGCGUGUGGCAUCAGCCGGAAGGCCGCCUUGUGCAUGUGUCAGAGGGGCAUGAUCAGCGGGGCCAUGGAGUUCAUCUGCCACUGCAAGAGCUUCACUCUGGAUGACUGCCUGUACCUGCUGAGGAAGUGUCCCAGUGCAGACCUCCUCCGGUCUCUGACUCAGGAGUACUGCGGCAGGCCGGCAGUCCUGUCCCUGGGCUUCGCUGCCCUCUCCCUCCUCUCCACUGACAACAAGGCCUUCGCCUUCCAGCUGCUGGAGAGGGUACACUCCUGUGGGAGAGACGUCUUUGAGCAGAUGAUUCUGGAAGAUGUGUUCUGCACCCCCGAGGAAUGGAGUGAGAUAGCAGACAGGUGCCGAGAAACCAGCCACACUCAGCUGGCCCAGGACAUCACUGAGAUCCUGUCAGCCCAGGCUGGGGCGGUGCUGCUGUCUCCUGACUCCGAGGAUGCCAAGCUGAUGGAGCACGUCUUCCUGUAGGCGGGCUGCCACCAGAGGGAGCCCUCCAGGUGCACAUCAGGUUCGGCACACUGCAGCAGGGACAGCCCCUGUAAUCUCCUUCUACUGCUGUGCAUCAGGCCCAGGCUUCACAGUUAGCGCCAGACAUUCUCGAUGUCUAUCUUACCUUAGCAAUUAAUAAUCAAUACAUUUCUUUUUUUCUUCUUGUUUUCCAUUUUGAGUUUUCAAUUGGUAUCUGUAAUAGUAUAAUAAACUAGUCAAGUCCUA